AUGGGCUGGGCCCUGGCCGUGGCCACCCAGCGCCUGCCAGCCGGGCACCCCGUGCACCAGCUGCUCCUCCCCCACUUCCGCUUCACUUUCCACAUCAACAUCCUGGCCAGGGACACUCUGCUCAACCCCGGGGGCAUCAUCGACCAGGCCACCGCCCUCGGCAGGGAGGGGACGCUGGAGCUGGUGGCCAGAGCCACCCAGGCCCUGACCUACAGAGAGCUUUGUGUCCCUGAGGACAUCCAGGACAGGGAGGUGGCCGAGGUCCCCAACUACCACUACAGGGACGAUGCCCUGCAGCUCUGGGACGCCAUCCACAGCUGGGUGCAGGGCAUGGUGCAGCUGUUCUACGCCGGGGACCAGGCGGUGGCGCAGGACCAGGAGCUGCAGGAGUGGCUGCAGGAGAUCUGCGAGCGCGGCCUGCGCGGCGGCGGCCAGCGGGGCUUCCCCUGCCAGCUGUGCUGCAGGCCUGAGCUGGCCAAGUUCCUGACCAUGAUCAUCUUCUGCUGCUCUGCCAGGCAUGCCGCCGUCAACAGCGGCCAGUACGACUUCGCCGCCUGGAUGCCCAACACCCCUGGCACCCUGCGCAGGCCUCCCCCCAGCUGCCAGCAGGAGGUGACCCCAGAGGAGCUCCUGCAGAGCCUGCCCAGCCCUGAGGCCACUGCUGCCCUCCUGGCACUGCUGGCAGUGGUCAGCUACGAGGGAGGGCAGCCGCACCCUUUGGGCACCAGAGCUGAGGACCUGCUGCGGGGGGCAGCCCCCAGGCAGCUCCUGGACACCUUCAGGAGGAGCUUGGCCUCCAUCUCCCAACGCAUCCAACGCAGGAACCAGGCCCUGGACCUCCCCUACCCCUACCUGGACCCUGCCAGAGUGCAGGAGAGUGUUGCCAUCUGAGGUGCCCACCCCAGCUGGCA